UCUGACAAGAUGUGAGUUGUCACUUUUCCACACCCCCUGACCCGGCCCAAAGGGGGAAGAAGAAGAAGAGGAGAGAAGAUAAGAAACAUUGUCCAAGCUGACUUCAAUAGACACUUUUGUUUUUAACAACUACUGUCUGUCUCGGCUUCAUCUGGGAAGAAACACCGCUGCAUUAUCUUGAGAAUUGCCACCACCCACGAGGCCAGCAAUUCCUGGUUUCCCAAACCAUAAACAGGGGAAACGGUAGACCCUCCGCCUAACGAUGGUGACUCCUUGAGAGGCAGGACCACUUCUUAUAAGAAAAGAUCUUCUGCAAGGAGAAUAUGAAAGGACUACUUGGGCUGGUUUGUUUCAUAGCUCUGCUCAUGUCUUUGGAGGCUGAUAAAUGUAAGGAACGUCUACAUGAAGUAGUUUUGUUUUCAUCUGUGAAUGAAAUUGAUGUUCGUGCUUGUCCACUUAACCCAAGUGAAAAACUGGGCCCUGUAAUUUGGUAUAAAAAUGACAGCAAGACACCUAUAUCUAUGGAACCAAACUCCAGAAUUCAUCAGCAGAAAGAAAAUCUUUGGUUUGUUCCUGCUAAGUUAGAAGACUCAGGACAUUAUUAUUGUGUAGUAAGAAAUUCAACUUACUGCCUCAGACUUAAAAUAACUACAGAGGUUUUGGAGAAUGAGCCUGACUUGUGUUUUAACACAAAAGCUGUAUUUCCACAGAGACUGUACAUUGCAGCAGAUGGAAGUCUUGUGUGCCCUUAUUUGGAUUUUUUUAAAGAUGAAAAUAAUGAGUUGCCCAAAGUUCAGUGGUAUAAGGACUGUGAACCUCUGCAUCUUGACAAUAUUAGUUUUUUGGGGGUCACAAAUAAACUGAUUGUGAAAGAUGUGACAGAAGAGCAUAGAGGGAACUACACUUGUCAAGUAUCCUACACGCACCUGGGGAAGCAAUAUCCUGCUACCCGAGUAAUAGAAUUUCUCACAGAAGAGACACCCAAGCAGGAGAAACCUGUGAUUGUGAGUCCAGCAAAUGAGACAAUGGAAGCUGUCCUAGGAUCCAAGAUACAAUUGAUUUGUAAUGUCACUGGCCAGUUGACCGACCUUGUCUAUUGGAAGUGGAAUGGGUCAGAAAUUGAUGAUCCUAUACUGGUAGAAGACUAUCAGUUUGUGGAAAAUCCUUUGGCCAUAAAGAGGAGUACACUUAUCACAACACUUAAUAUUUCAGAAGUCAAACAUCAAUUUUAUCUGUUUCCAUUUAUCUGUUUUGUCAAGAAUACAAACAAUUUAGAAGCAGCAUAUAUCCAAUUAAUAGAACCAGUUCCUGAUUUCAAGAAUUACCUGAUUGGGAUAUUUGUCACUUUAACAGUUGUGAUUAUGUGCUCCAUUUUUGUUUAUAAGAUCUUCAAGGUUGACCUUGUACUUUGGUACAGAGAUUCUUGCUUUGGUUUUCUCCCCUCAGAAGCUUCAGAUGGAAAGACUUAUGAUGCCUAUAUACUGUAUCCAAAGACCUUCUGUGACAGACCCAUCUCAAAUUUAAACAUUUUUGUAUUUAAACUUUUGCCAGAAGUCUUAGAAAAACAGUUGGGAUAUAAGCUGUUUAUUUAUGGAAGGGAUGACUGUGUUGGGGAAGACACAGUUGAGGUCACUAAUGAAAACAUACAGAAAAGCAGAAGACUAAUUAUAAUUUUAGUGAGAAACAUGGAAAGCUUCAGCUGGCUGGGUCAUUCGUCAGAAGAGCAGAUAGUCAUGUAUAAUGCUCUCGUUCAGGAUGGAAUUAAAAUUGUCCUGCUUGAAUUGGAAAAAAUCCAAGACUAUGAGAAAAUGCCAGAAUCUAUUAAAUUUAUUAAACAGAAACAUGGGGCCAUCCGCUGGUCAGGGGACUUUAAAGAGGAGCCACAGUCUGCAGAGACGAGGUUCUGGAAAAAUGUAAGAUACCACAUGCCAGCCCAGCGGCAGACAUCUCUGUCCAAACACCAGUUACUCCCCCCGGAUCCUCUGCCAGGCACUAAGGAGAAGCUGCACAGGGAGGUGCACCUGCCUCUUGGGUAACUUGGUGAAGCUGGGCAAGAGUGGUUUUGGGGGCAGUGCCUGCUUUUUCAUGGCAUGCAGGUCAGGCUGGGCCUCCUGCUGACUCGUACAGACCUAACAUGUACUUGUGUAGCUCUGAUCCCGAAGGUCUGCAAUCAGAUUGUUAAGGGAGCAGGACUUGGUGACAGUAGUAGGUCAGGGCAGUUCAGAGCAGAGGGCUUAGGGAGUGACAACGGCUGCUCUCAGAAGGCUCGAACUGACUGGAAGGGCUCUGCGGCUGUGAACUGGAAGGAAAAGACUCACUGGAAAUAGCCCCAUCAGUGGGUUGUUUCAUUAAACUUGAAGCCUAACGGUGGGACCAUGGCUGUCUCUGGGGUACAUUGGCUCUGGAGGCUUCCAUCAGCAGUACUGCCCACAGGGGGCAAGCACAAGCAUGGGCACCCAACAGAGGAAGGCAGAAAUUUUCAUUGGUUUGCCUUUUGGAAAUAGAGUCAGUUUCUAAAGAGUAAAUUUCAUUUCAUAGAUCUUGACAACUGUACAUCACUGGAAAAGGGGUGAUCCAGGAUUUAAUGUCUGCAAAAUCACCUUGGUUCUCUGCAGAGGCAGACACACUUUAAAAGUAACAGUUGCAGGAACUGAUCCACCUUUGCAUCUCUUCAUGCUCCCUCCCUUCUGCAUUUCAGUUGGUUCCUUGCCUUUUUGGAAAGACAGAUUCACAUGUCUUCCUCCCUUAUUUGCUACAAGCAUAGCCUGCUGAUGGAUAUUUCCUUAGAAAAUGCUGCUAUUACCUCGGCCACUGCAGCUGACUUGAAACACCUCCCAUAGGCUCCUCCUGGGCAGAAACUGAAGUCAGAACUGCACUCCUCCACCAGCUUGUUCCCCGCCCCAUCCCAACCCUGCCUUCUAGCCGUCCCCUCCCUUCACUGGUGUGACUCCUAGACCCGCCUCUUGGCCUUUAAACCUUCCUCUAGCACACCUCCCGUGCUCCCUCUCCCAUCACCUCUGACUAGAAUUCUUCCUUGAAUUUUCUCCAGCUGAGCAUGCCCAUUUUCUCUCUCUCUAUUUCUCUCUUGCAAAUAAAUAAAUUAAAUAUUUAUUUUAAAAAGAAAAUAUUGAUAAGUCUUUAGAAGAAUUAGAACAAAUUUGGAAAAUCGCAAAGCCAAGUUCUUGUGCCACUUAUCAGAGGCCAAUUUAUGGUUUUAAAGGUUGCAUGACUAAAGAUGAUCAGUUUGUAUUUUGAAUAUCUACUAUUAUGGGAGAACAAAUCCAUUUGAAAUUUGUCCCCGUAACUAGAACUAGACAAAAAACACAAAGCUUAAUAUUUUGACUCUCCACUCUCCAUCUGUUUUCUCCUGGGUCCAGUUUGACAGUACUGAGUGCUGUCUGGGAGCUACUGUGUAAAAGAACGGCCUCAGUUGUGUUUGCCAGUGCAUAGAGGCUGCUGCUAGAAAGUCUGAUGGGGAUGAGGGUGUGUCAUGACCCCAGAGAUCUGUUAGUUGCUUUCAAAGUUUAAUUUUACCCAUGAUUUUAGUCUUUCACCUAGCAAAUACAUUGGCAUGCGUUUAUAUCAUGCAUCAAUCAGAAUUAGUGGCUAAUUGGCCAGAAUAAGAGGAGUAGGAGCAGCAAAGAAUUACUGGUGUGGCAACUAGAAUGUUGGAAAGGAGAGAGUGGGGGAUAAGUCUGUGACAAGAAUGACCCCACAGGAAUGUAGUAACGCUGUCCAUCUCUAGGGCAGGGCCCCAGAGGAUGAAGGUCUACAUUCCUGGCCCCUGGCGGUGUCCCCAGACUUAUCAACCUCCCCUCAAAAAAACACCCUGUUUAAGCCUUUGCUUUCUUGUUUUCCUCAGUAAUUAGAUUUCACUGUACUUUCUGAUGACAUUUUCAAAAAGUCAGCCCAGGGUUGAAAAUGUUUGCAAAUGCAACAAUGUUUAGUUCCCAGUGUUUAAAACUGGCUUAGCAGAAUUUAUUGUUUCCUUUGCCUACCUGUUUUUUUUUUCUUUCUUUUUUUCUUUUUGUUUGUUUGUU